AUGAAGAUCCUGAUCCCAUUAUGUAUCUGGUUAGUCGCAGCGAGCGCGAUUGCAAAUCAGGACAGGAAAACAACAGACAAACAGCCAGGAGAGUUGCAAACAGCAGCCACAACUGCUAUUGGUUACAAUGCCAAUGGUCCUGCCGGCUCAAAUGGAUACAAUCAGUGGAACAAUGGGUACAAUGGCAACUGGAACGGAAAUUGGAACAAUGGUCGUCAGACGCCGUGGAACAACAACAACAACAACAACUGGAACAAUGGACAGUGGAAUAAUGGCCAAUGGAACAAUGGACAGUGGAACAACAAUGGGCAAUGGAGCAACUGGCAGCGAAACAAUGGACAGUGGAACAAUGGGCAGUGGGGCAACAAUGGACAGUGGGGCAACAAUGGCCAAUGGGGAAACCAAUGGAACAAUGGACAAUGGGGUAAUAACGGACAGUGGGGUAAUAAUGGCCAAUGGAACCGUAACUGGAACAAUGGAGCCUGGAACCAGAAUGGUUAUUCUGGGCCCAAUGGUGCUUAUCAGCAGUAUAACGCAGGAUUCUACAACAGCCGUUUCUGA